AUGUUGCGACGCUUAAACUUACACCUGAGAUCUGUAUUCAAAGAUCGUCUCCCAUUGUUUCCCCGCAUCCAUGAAAAGCCAGUCUCCAACCACCUGCAAGCUCGUGUUCCGAUUGAACUGAUCUAUCGCAUCAUAGAUCUAUACCUUAAAGAAGAUCUGGGCGCUCUCAAGACUCUGACCCUCACAUCCCGAACCCUCUAUCUCUACUGUCGCAGGUUUAUACACGCAACAAUAACGAUCGAAGCUCGAGCACAAGGUUCCCCAUCCUUGAUCGAACGUUUCGCAGAGCUCCUCAAGCGGAACCCCCAACUCGCCGACCUCGUACACGUGCUCCACUUUUGGCACAUCCCGCAUAGUACACCACCCAACGCCGUUCGCUUUCGAGUUUCGAAAGAGGAGAAGGCACUAUGUUAUGUUCUCGACAAGCUUCACAACUUGAAGAUGAUACGCCUCUUGGGAACGCCGGGGCUUCAAUGGGACAGCCUUCACCGCAAAGUCCAGCUCGCAAUUAUCGAGCGCCUGCAGCAGGAGGGGUUGAAUACCGUAUUUAUGAGGUUCCUAUCCCUCCCAACGCAUGUCUUGAGCGCUUGCAAUUCCGUUCAGGAUAUGCGUCUUUGUGGAUCCCUUGUCGAGAAGGAGAGUGCCCAAGUCCGAGUUCGUGGAAGAGGACCGACUCAGUUAGGACUCUGCCACAUUGAUCGCCCCUAUCUUCCCCUCCUUUCGUCUUCAAAAACCUGGGAUAUCACAGGCAUACAAACGCUCUUGUUGGGACAAAUUCCAAUGCUCGACGUACACCAUCUCAACUUCAUAUGCGCAUUCUCGUCUUCCCUCGUUACCCUCCAGUUCGAGCCGUAUAGCUUCUACGGAGAACAGGUGAUUCCCACACUGGACCUUUCCAUGCUCCCAUCUCUCCAAGUGAUCAAAACAGGCGCGCAGGCAGUCGAUAUCUGGCUGGCUCUCGACUGGAUUGCGCGCACACUCGACACACGACCUGACGUUGGACCAUCAUCGAGCGUUAUGGAAGCUGGCAUCGCAACAGCAGCAUAG